UUGAGGCCGGAAGUCUGCGUCGCCUAGGAGACAGGAACGCUCCGAGGUGGACGCUGCCUUGGCUGAGGGGGCUGCGCUUGGUGGCGGCGUGUGCCGCAGCAGCCAUGGAGGUUUCUGCUCCCUCGAGGGAUGUGGCUGGAGUGCGCAUUACUCCGACCGAGCUGCGCUUCCCAGACGCGGUGCCUGGAGAGCGCUACCGGGCGAUGCUGAAAGUCAAGAAUCUGCAACCUCUCAGCUGCGUCCUUCGCUUUUUAUCACCGCAACAGCCACAGUUCAAACUAAUUGUGGAAAAUCCAAAGAAAGCUCUUGCUCCUGGUCUUCAAAUAACAGCCAUUGUUGAAUAUCAUCCUGAUAGUGAAGACAACCUUCAGGAUCAGCUAGUCCUUUAUAUAGGAGAAGAGACAUUUGAGAUUCCUCUGUUUGGAUUUGCUCCAUGCUGCCGCCUAGAAAUUGAACCUGAGAUAAAUUUUGGCACUGUCAUUGCAAACAGUAAAGUAAUUAACACAGAUAUAAAGAUUGUUAACCAUGGAUCAGCUCCAGGUACUUUUAACAUCCAAUACAGAGGAAAUGUCCCCAUCACUAUAGUACCAACCAGUGGUGUAGUGGAACCCAAAACAGUACAGUUGGUUAGGAUGGAGAUCUGUACUGAUAUCCCCAAAACUAUUAAUCAACCAGCCACUGUGGAAUUGCAGGGUCGUUCUAAUGCUCACAUAAUGAUCAAAGCAAACAUAGUGGAGCAAGUUCUUGAGCUGUUGGGCAUUCCUCACUCAAACAGAAUAGAAUGUGUUCAUUUUGGAUGUGUUUAUUUCGGAACUUCCAAAACGGAAGAAGUCAUUCUUUACAAUAAAAGCCCAGAGCCCAUGGAUUGGGUGGUAGUCCUGCAGGAUAAUGCUGUUGGGGCGGAAAUGGGUACAGAUUUUCAGAAGAGUACAGAUGCUGUUUUAAAAGACUUGGUUUACCCUGAUGCUAAACAAAAACAAGAUGUUUCCACUCUAAUUUCCUGCAUUCCCAAUGAAGGAACACUGCAGCCUUAUCAGAAAGCUUUGGUUACUCUUGGUUUCAGUCCAAAACUGUUGAAGAGAGACCAAAAGUUUGGCAAAACUCCAUCAAGACAUGAUUAUGCUCUCUUUAUGACGUUUGAAGCAGUAGGAAGUAAAGAUGACUUCUUGCAAACUUUGGAUUGUGAUACACCCCCCAAUGAGAAUAAUCCUCAUAAGGUUGAGUUGGGUCUAACAGGUUCAGGGCUUCCAGUGAUGUUGACGUUCAAGCCAGGACCAGUCAUCAAUUUUAUGGAAUGUUUUAUAGGUGAACAUACAGAUAUACUUUGCACGCUCAGAAAUGAAUGUAAUAGUCUUCCAGUUACAUUUGCAUUUCAUAAGAUUGCACAUUAUAAUAUUUGCCCUGAGAGGGGGAAAAUAAAAGCCCAAUCCAUACAGGAUGUGAUAUUUUCAUUUGUUCCACGUCAUGUAGGAACCUUUCAAGUGAAGCAGGUGGUAGAUAUCAUUGGUCCAGUGCUCAUGAAAGAGAACUUACUAACUCUGAAGAUGAAACCUUUUCAACAAAUAUGCUUAAUGUUCUCAGGCGUGUGCAAGUCUGUAACUAAUAAAGUUGUGCUGAAAACCAUCCCUGGUAUAACACCAUUGGUUUCCAAUGCAAUUGGAGUGUUUGUAGCUGAGAAGAUGAAACAAUGCAAUGAUAUUACACCAGUAGCACUGCUUAAAUCAGAUCAGACAAAAAUUCAUUCUCAUCGGAUAAACAGAAACUUGAAUACUGCGCUAGUAGCUCUUCCUAAUGAUCGUCCAGCUAGCUUAAGACCUGCUGAAUUGCAUAAGGAUUACAGGACUAUUUUCACAAAGGUUGCUAGAUAUAAUUACGUGGAUCCAGAGUUUUCCUACACAGUAUUAGAAGAACUGGAAAAGCAAGUAAAUAAGGAUUACUAUGCAGAUUACCUUAGAAGUUUACGACAGCGCCGUUUGCAUAAAGAAGCUGCUAGGAUCUUUAAAACGCUUAAUAAUCCUGUGGACAUUGGGCUAAAUCCAGCAUCAGGAUUGAAAUCUCCAAAGGUGAAAGUUUCCCACCCAAGGAAAAUGGAGGAAGAUACUGCUUUUGUAAUUCAAACUAGUCUUUUAACUAGUCAAAAGCUAGAAGAAUCUAAAUCUGUAACCAAAGAAGUUAGUGAUGGGCUUAACCCUGUACCAUCUUCUCCACAAGAGGUUGAAGACUGCAGUUUAAUUUUGACAUCGAAGCAGCUUCAUCAGAUAUUCAUUGGACCCUCCACUAUUAACUUUGGAGAGGUUUGUGUACAUUCUACAUCUACCAGAAAAAUGCAUAUCAUAAAUAAUCUGCCCAUGCAUAUCUGGAUACAAGUAGAAAUAAACAGCGAGGAGCUACAACAGACCAGCCCUUUGUCUCAUGUCAUGCCACCUCUCACAAAGACUGCUAUUCCAGUUGUGUUUGAGACUGACACAUUGGGAUGCUUUCGAAAAUCUUUCAUCUACACAAUAAACAAGCAUCACACUGGGCAUGUGUUAGUAGUAGCAAACAUUGUCCCUGUUGCCUUGGAACUAUCUGCAAGAGAGCUGACUUUGAAUCCUUCCUUUAGUUUCCUGGCAGAAACUGGAUUUAGAGCAACAGUUACAUUAUACAAUCGCAAAAACUACCCUGCUGAAUUUACGUGGAAGCCCAUAAUCACAGAUAAAGGAAUGGCAUUUUCCAUAUGCCCAGACAAAGGCACUGUAGAAGCCUGUAAAGACCUAGAGUGCGAAGUGGUGUGGCAUCCAAGUUUCUCUUCUCCAACAACAGGAGAAUUUGACUUAUGUGUGCAUCAAGGGAAAACACUUAAACUAAAAUGCCUUGCAAAGCUUGGCUCCACCAGUGUGCAAUUUAAGGAACAAAGGAUCACCUUCAACUAUGCUCCUCUACAUUUACCGACCUUCAAGACAGCCAUUCUUCAAAAUGUGGGACAUAAUCAUGCAUACUUCCAGGUUGUUGAUGCCAAUCCUCUUCCUGGAAUGAUUAUCAUGCCUUUUCAGGGUGUAGUACCUGUGGGAGGCCGUACUGAACUCAAAAUCUACUUCACACCCAAUGCGAUAAUGAAAUUUGAUACCAGAGUAGAGGUCGCAGUACGGCAUGCAAAAUCUUUGGAACUUAGAGUUGGUGGAUCUGUAGAUGUUCCUGACAUAGACAUCAGUGUGUGCUCCUUCAAUUUCCCUGGUGUUUAUGUUGGUUCUACCCAAGAAAUUCCAUUUUUUAUUGAGAACAAAGGGAAGGCAUGUGCUAGAGUGACAAUGGAUUUAUCCAGACACGAGGACUUUGAACUGCAUUUUACUCUUCAGCCAGAGCAUGCAUCUGAGAGUUCUCGGGUGUAUUCUGUGAUCAUUGAACCGAAUUCAACUUUGCAAUGUGCACUGAAUUUUACACCAAAAGAAGUGGCAGCAUACAACUUCAAUUUACCGAUAAAUGUUAAUGUCAGUGAGAAUCCAGCUUCACCAAGCACCACUGUAGGAAGUUCAAGUCCUCCUGGUUCAGCAAAGCAUAUAAUUGUACCACGGCCUCAGAUGUUGACUAUACCUACUCGAGUAUGCAAAGUUCAGGCAACUGUAUUGCAGCCACCACUGGAGCUUUCUCCUUCAAAGCUCAUAUUUCAGUACACUGCAAGAAGCAUGAACCUCGGUGUUGUAAAUGGGAGCCAGAACAUAAAGAAGCUGCAACUGAGAAAUAUCUCAAAGAAACAAGUUAUUUGGAAAUUAGAUCUUGAUGCUGCAGGCAAAGCAGUAGAUGAUGGUGUCUUCAAAUUUAGUUUACAUACUGGGGUUCUCUGUCCAGGUCAAUAUACUGUUGUUACCAUAUGCUUCUGUCCUCUUUUCCCUGGAAUAUAUACAGCUGCUGUGCCAGUGUAUUUGAACGAUGAGAAAUCUGUAUACAGAGUGAUCACUUUUUCUGGAGCUGUGAAAUCGCCCAAGAUUAACUUUGACCCUCAGUUUUUGGCACUGACUCCUGUUCCUCUCAAUAUUAAAACAGAAGUGGAUGUCUGUAUAAUUCCCCAGGACUUUUUAAGGGAAUCCGUUUUACAAGUUGAAAUUCCAGAGUUUGAAGAUUAUUGUGAUGAUGACCAGAUUAGUCCCUUAAUUGUGGACUUUCCAAAUGGCAAUCUAAUUGAAUUAACAUCAGAAGGCAAAAACGUUGAACUCACCUGCCAUGUUACUUUCAGUUCCUCAAGACCAUUGUCCUUUUUGAAGAAUUUAAUCUUUAUUGAUGGAGAAAAAAACAGAUUCCCACUUCAGGUGGCUGCAACAGCAGAGAAUUGCCUCCUUACUGUGUAUCCCUACUUGGCAUACCAUCUAACAGACCAACAAAUUGUCCUGAAAAGUGGUUGUAAUGAGAUACUUUACAGCACUGGAGAAACUAUACAACAUCCAUGCUAUGUUCCGGGAACACAUUCUCAAACAUCCUUUUCUUCCACUACCUUUGGUACAGUUACCAACUCUGCCUAUGAAAAUUCAAUUGCAGAAUUUGAAAAGAUGCUUGAAAAUGAAAAGGCGAAGAAGAGCAUAUCUAGUAGCCAAAGUGGACAGCUUAGGAGCACAUUUGAACAAUCAGUUCUUCCUGCUGAAGGCACAGAAGAAUAUGCCUUUUUCCAGAAAGUUAUCAUGGCAGUUCAGAAAUGGUUUACUCUCUUUGGUUGGUCUAAAGGACCAAAUCCCAUUUCCAUUCCACAUUCCCUAAGACGUGAUGUCUGUAAAAUUCAAAUGACUUCAUCUGAUGAAAAGCUUAAACUAAACCUUGGCAAAGAUACUAAGACCAUUUAUGAUAUGUUGCUCCAUCUGAGUGGGCAGUUGCUGCCUGGAAUUACUUCAAGCCAGUCUUUGCCAUUUGAUCCCAUUCAGCGUGUGGUGCAACUCCACUGGCAACAUUCUACCAUGAUAAAUUUUCUCAAAAGUCAAGGAGCAUCAGUUCCUCAUGUUUUGCCCCAGUUUCUUCUUGACUUUGAUGACUAUAAGAAAUGGACCUAUUUACAACUUCUGGCAAAGGUUAGUGAGUGUCAGCCCGAGGACAGUUUUGUUUAUGUUUUGAAUGACAAUGUAUUUGAGGCUGUGAGCAAGCGCUUAUGGACAGAUGUACUGCUUCAAAUAUAUAAGAUUUUAGUUCUCCAGCGUGUCUCCGUACUUGAAGUCAAUAACCUGAACAGUUCAGAAGACCCAGAAAACAUUCCAAGAAUAAGUGCUGACCCUUUGUCCAGUAAUAUAUAUUCUCCAUCAGAAAGAAUUCUUCUUGCAUGGAUGAACAGACAUUAUGAGAAAACACGAAAAAUUGUGUGGAAAGACUGCCAAAAAGGUGAUAUACCACCUACAAGAUGGAUAGUAAACUUUGAUAGAGAUCUCCUUGAUGGCCUUGUCCUGGCUGCACAAGUAGCAAACUAUUGCCCUUAUCUGAUUUCAACUCACUUUGUUAAUAUGUACACUAAUCCAGAAACUUCUGAACAAUAUCUUCACAACUGCUUGAUUCUUGUAAAUGCUUUUCAUGCAAUAAGCCUUGACAUAGACAUAGUGGCUGCUGAUAUCUGUGACCCAAACCCAAUCAUGAUGCUUAUGCUUUGUGUCUAUCUAUAUGAACACCUUCCUCAGUAUUUAACCAAGAAUUCUCUUGAGUUUCCUGGUCCACUUCAUGCUACUGUUGUUAGAAAGAUACGUCUGAAAAACCCGAGUAUCAGACCUUUAGUGUAUAAUGCUACUAUUUUAGGAAGAGAAUCUGCUGAUUUUUCAUUGCCUAAAGGAAAUACUAUCACCAUAGCUCCAAAGACCCAAAUAAGUGUAAAUGUGGAAUUUACUAGCCGCUUCCUGCAUCCUGCUGAAGCUGUGUUGUUGCUUGUUUCAAAGGCUUUAACUGGAAUAGGUGGAGCUACAAUGACUUUCUCUCUGAAGUCCAAGAUUAGCCAUGUUAAACCUGCUGGUACAUUCAUAUGCAAAUCUCCAUGUUACGAGUUGAAGACAGUUAAUCUGCAAGUUACUAAUCCUUUCAGAAUUGAUGGACCAUUCAGUGUCAUUUUAGUUGAAUCAACAACUUAUAUUACUGAGCCUGAGCAAUUAAAUCAAGUCAGCCAAAUAAAACAAGGUAAAAUAAAAAGUUCUGAAACUGACAUGAAAAUGACAUGUGAUGUGAUAGGUGUAAAAGGAUUUUAUGAUCAAAAGGACAACCCAACUGAAUUGAAUCCUUCCAAUUGCUUCCUACAAGAGUUUUUCAGCCCAAUGAAUGCAGUUUUCCUGGACAAAGAAAGUUCUACAAUGCUCACUCUUCACUAUCUUCCUUUUAAUAUGGGAAAACGUUAUUGUGCCAUAAUUUUGGUCAAUGAGCAGAUUGGGGAAUUUGUGUACCUGGUGGAAGGAACAUGUGGCUUACCAUUGCCUUCAGGCUUACUUCCGAUGGAUAGCCCAAAUGUUCUGGGCAUUAGCAGUAUGUUAGAAGGUCAGAGUGAAAUGCAGCCAGUGCUUUGCCUGAAAUGUUGUCUUACUAGUAUUCUUGAAGAAAAGCUGAAGGUCCCCUUGGUCAAUGAAGCCAGAGAGAAGGCUCUGGCUAUUGCAGCACAGCAGCAGAUGUCUGCUUUGGAGUAUGAGCGAAGAAAGGUCACUGGAACGCUUGAGAGCAGCAGUGUUCGAGUUGCUGUCGCAGCUUUAGGGCUAUCAAGAGUUGAGAAAAAUUUUCUGCAGACCUUUCCUAAAUAUUCAGAAAAAUAUAUUGAGUACAGCGUGGAAGUGAGCAUGCCGGGCUGUUUUGAAAUCCCUGAACAAAUAUUUAUUCCUGUGUUGGCAUCAAGCAGAGUUAAUUUUACACGCCUGGAAAAAAGAAAUCAUUGUUUGGCCCAAGAAACAGAAGAUACUGGAGUUGAGCUUCCUAUAAAGUUUAUACCUCGACAUCCUGGCCGAUAUCCUUGUGAAAUUCUUCUGCAGUCUAGCUGUGACAUCCGGGUCUAUAAAAUAGAAUGUGUGGUGAAUUCGAAUACUGCUGAAGCGGAGCUAGAGUUUGUAACUCCAGCAUAUCAAGCAGUUGUUCAAGACAUCCCAAUAACUAACCCAAGUCAGCAAGAUUGGAAACUUAAAGCCAAUUUAAAGGGAAGCUGUUUUUAUGGCCCUCCUAUCAUAUAUGUAGCCCCAGGUGAAACAACUCCCUAUACUCUCAUGUUCAAGCCAACAGCAGAAUGCGCAAUUAAGGGGAAGCUUACAUUACAAAAUGAAGCAAAUGGCACAGAUCAUGUCUUUGUCCUGAAGGGGAUUGCAACAAAACCUUUGGCACUGGAUCAUAUUGUCAUAGACUGCCAAGUGAGAGAAAUUACACAGAAGGUCAUAAUGGUGCCCAAUUUUACCAGGAAUGAAUUGAAAUACAAGGUGUUUUCAGAUCUUCCCAUAGUAAGUGGUGAACCAAAUCUGAUGGUAGAACCUGGUGACACAGCUGCUUAUACUCUGAAUUUAUCUCCAUGGAAACGUGGAACACUUCAAGGUAUAAUUUCAUUUGUUGCUGAAGAUGGAGAACAACAGUACAGCCGACAUAACAGCUUACUGGAGAAGACAGAUAGUAUGCAGGGCUCUCUGAAAUUAUCAACCGAGGCACUGCAAACAGUCAAUGCAGCAAACACUGGUUUAGGACAAAGUUCACCAGGCUGCAAAGUGUGGUUUUCUCUGGAAAUAAAUAGUAUAGCAGCAGAACCAGAAAAAAUUAUGGAUGUGGAAUGUGCGGUUCUGGAUACUACAGUCAUUGGAAUUCCUGUAACUAAUCCCACAAAUGACAUUCUGCCAUUAGAUGUAGAGCUAAUAGAUCCUACUGUGCUCAGUGGAAAAAAAAAUCUUGUUCUUGAACCAAAAGAAAUAUUGCACUAUGAAGUAAAAUACUCUCCGGCUGUUACUGGCAACUCAGAUGGAAGCAUUAUAUUCUUCUCAGAGAGGAUUGGAGAGUUUUGGUAUGCCCUGAAACUGCAUGCAAAGAAACCUAGGCCAACAAAAUUGCCAGAAGUGCAUUGUGAGCUUGGGAAAUGGGUCCGACAGUAUAUUGCUCUGGGUAAUCCUACAAAUGAAAUUCUGGAACUGAAAGCUACGAAUGGUAAUCCUGCCCAUUUUUCAGUGGAAAUAGUAACUCCUCUUUUUGUAGCUCCUCAUUCCACCAUGGAAGUACCAGUUCAGUUUUGUCCUUCUGCCCUAGGAAGAGCCAACCACAGUGCAACAAUAACUUUCACUUGCCCACAGCUUGAGGAAUGGGUAUUUUUCUUGUCUGGUGUUGGUCUGGUUCCUCAGCCACUGGAACCAGCUAGUGUCAGUUCUCGCCUUGGCCACCAUUCUUCUGUCAUCAUAAGCUUCAGGAAUCCUACUUUUGAAGAUAUUCUGGUAGAUGUGAUUUUAACAGAUCAGGAGCACAUCACGGAUCAUCCUAGUGUAUCUGCCUUCCACCAUUCUAGUAAGGAGUCUAUUUUCUGGCUUCCACUCAAGCAAAAGCAAGGAAUCUCUUUGCCCGCAAAAAGCAAGCUGGAUAUUCCAGUACUGUUUGCACCUCACACCAUGAAACUGUAUGAAACUGUGCUGGUUUUGAAAGUUGAGAAAAUGGGUGGUGAAAUUUGGCCUUCUGAUGAUACCAUUGAACAACCACUACCAAGCAGAACCACUAUAAUAAAUGAGAAUGGAGACAUCGUGGGAUUUCGCUGGAUCUAUCCAAUUAAUGGUAUCCCUGAAGCACCACCCUCAAAAUCAGCACCAGCUGUUGUAUGCUGCCGAGCCCGCAGUAGAGUGGAAGAAAGAGUAGAAGUGCUGUUAACUGGUGUAGUUCCUGGAAUAACUGGUUCAGAAAUAUUCAGAGAUUUUGUAAGUCCUUCAAAGAGCACGUCUGCCUGCAUUCAAGAGGAAGUUCAUGUGACUAAAGGUUUCUCUACAGCGUAUGAAUUUUUGUAUGAAAUUGAGUUUGAUUCUGAAAGAGUCGAAUCUCAGCUAAAGCCUGCAAUAGCUGUAAAUUUGGUGAGCAAAGAUCGGGAUCUGAAAACAGGAAUUGUGACCUUGGUGUUCAAUAUUGUGUUUGCACCUAACAAACCAAUGAGGAACCCAGCAACAUUGCUGGUCCAGUGCAGCACAGGAGGCAUUUGGAAGUUUCCAAUAGUGUUUGUUGCCACUGAACCAGAAGUGGAUGAUGUCCUCAAUAUUGAAGCAGCUGGUUUAAACAAGGAAUCUGUAAUUAGCUUUAGGCUUACAAGCAAAACAAGGUACCCAGAGCCUUACACAGCAUAUUUCCUACCAAGCAGUGAUCCAGAAUUUGUUGUAUCACCUCAAGCUGGGGAACUUCUUCCACUUGACUCUGCAGGAACCCUCAUCACUGUUGGAUUCAAGCCUAGUAUGUACAGCAAGAAACAUAAAGCAACGCUAGUAAUACAGACAGCAGCAAUGCAAUGGAUGUAUGAGAUCAAUGGACUGCCCCCACAGACCAUGCCACCUACUUCAUCAGCAAAAGUUGUUUGCAAGAGUAGCUAUGUGAAGUCAGCAACAGUGCAACAACGCAACUUUGUGCGAGAAAACAUGAAGCUGCUAACCACCGGUGUGUCCUCCACAAUCAAAGGAGCACCUCUCGUUUUAAAAGCAAAAUAAAGAGCAUGCCUUUAUAUGCACAAUUUGCCUUUUGCGGAACAAAUAUAUGUGCAAACCAAAUAUGUUAUAGAUGUUCAUAUAUACAAUGGAUUAUAAAACAAUACAUUUCAUAUCAAUUAUGCCAGUGAGCAA